AUGGAUGGAUUUGGAACUGAGUCCAGACAUGGGUAUGCACCAGUACUAGGAAGUGCUGACGUGAUGUCUUUGCUAUUUGGUGUCGAUGGCCUGUGCGUUACCCGCUCUGAUCUUGAUCCCCAUUUCACCGAAGGUUGCGGAGCUACCCUUCCUACUCACAACGAUCCGAUUCUACUUAAUGCAGGUGUUGGCAUACAAGAGGCGAUGCCGUCCGCCAUCGCUCUUCUCCCGCCGCCUCUGCGUAUAAGAGGCUACGUCCGUUCAAGCUUCCUGAAUGUGAUCUUGCAAAACGCGUAUCCGCUUUUGGUGGAAACCGCUCUUGUCGCUUUACAUGCAGUGCUCACCGCUCACUUUCUCUGGCGCCGAUGCACGACUCGGAAGACGGUCUCACGCGCCGAUUACAUGAUGGCUGUGACGGUGGCUACAUUUAUCUUGUUGACCGUCUAUUGGUCAAUCGACAUAUACAACCUGCUGGUAUCGAUGUCAAAUGCACUGGACGAGCUUGCGGUGUCCCUCAAUAUGUCCUGGGGGUCUGAAAUACCCUUCACCAACAACGUGGAAAGUACUUGGGUUCUCAAUCUCGUUCAACAGGGUCUGAUGUGUGUCAUCCUUUUGAUCGGAGAUUACGUGGUGCUCUGGCGUACCUAUGUCAUAUUUGGGUGA